AUGAAUCCCUGGGAGUAUGCUGUCUACUCGGCCAAAACGCUAACAAGGACGCUCUCAGUCCCCAAAAACAGGCGGCCGAAGUUCGAACUUACAUUGCGAUUAAUCGACCUAAACAACAUCCCGCUUAUUGAUGGGUCAGCUUUCGCAAAAUGGCACCUCCCUUCUUCCACAUCAGCUGAGCACCGUGGAAACACGGCAAAUGCCGUUAUUCAAGACCAUCGCGCUUCAUGGGAAUAUGAAAAGAUACUUCCUAUCAGGCUAACUGUGGAUCGGAACCAGAGGCUCCAGGACUGUGAAAUUUACUUUGAGAUUAUUCAAGAAUUUACCCCUGGCAAUCGCGGGGAUAGACAGGUGAUGGGAAAUGUUCGACUCAACCUUGCGGAGUAUGUAGAUAAGCAUGAAGAUGGCGAAGGUGUAACUAGACGGUACUUGUUGCAAGACAGCAAAAUCAAUAGCACCUUAAAGGUUGGGAUUGUGAUGCGACAGGUUGAGGGAGAGACCAAUUUUACCACACCUCGUCUGAAGACGGCCAUGGUAUUUGGGGGGAUUGGUGGUUUUAUAUCCGCAGAACAGGGUGAUCUCGCUCACUCUGGCUCUACCCCCUCAAACAAUAGCAGGAGUCGCGAUGCCGGCGACAUGCAGGAUAUGUACCGGCGUACCUUGGCAGCUUCUUGGGCGUGUCGACCUGGAGAACUUCCUCCCGAUGAGUUGAUCGAAGAUAUAUUUGCGGGAGGUGAUGGCUGGGGAUCAGCUAGCCGCAGCGCAAGACCGCAAAAUGGCUAUGAAGAUAGUGCCUCACUUAGCGAUGCAGACUCGCGGCGCACAAUUCGCGACAGCGCAAAUGAAAGAGGAGCAAAAUCCUCAUUUGGGGGUCAUCGAAGAGGAGACAGCAAGGGCAAGGAUAGCCUGGAGCAUCCACGUUAUAGGGUCCGAGGAAGGAGAGAAAAAAGCAGAGAAGUAUCCGAGCUCGAUCUUCGUGAAGAUCUGAGGAGCUGGGAAAUUUCAACUCCGCAGUGA